AUGACCAGCAGAUGUUUUGAUCUGUUGGAGGAGUUUCGUGUGCCUGAGUCCAGGGGAGUGAGGAGAGUGGAUGGCUCUCAACCUGAGGCGGUGGCCUACCGCGUCAACCCCUCCAUCCAUCUAAAGAGGACCAUGAGUGAUGUGUAUCCAGAUGGACUUCCCUCCGACUACUCCGUCAUCGCAACAUUUAAGGUGACCAAGGAUGCUGCCAGGACGUCCUGGAACCUGUGGCAGGUCAGUGACCCGGAGGGACGAGAGCAGGUUGGCCUGCGUUUCCAGGGUGAUACUCGCUCUUUAGACUUCUUCUACACCAGCCCCCGUGGGAGCCAGAUGCUGAGGACCUUUAAUGGUGUGGAAAAGCUGUUUGACGGAGAGUGGCACAAGCUGGCGCUGAGUGUGAAGGGCAGCCAGGUGAAGCUGCUGGUAGACUGUGAAGAAGUCCGAGUGGAGUCUAUUGAUGAGCCAAGACCGGUCAUCCGCCGAGGGUACACCUCCAUCGUCAAGCGGGCCGCCAGAGAUCGCUCUGCAUCUGUGGACCUGCAGCAGAUGGAAGUGUCAUGUGACCCAGAGCAGGCUUAUUCAGAGGGCUGCUGCGAGCUCUCCAAUGUGUGUGGAGGUUACGCUGAGAUUGGCCUCACGGCUGGAAGAGCGUCUUGCAAAUGUAUGCACGGACAACCUGGCAUUCAGGGCCCUUCAGGACCAAAGGGUCACAUAGGUCUUCUAGGAAAAGCUGGAGACCGCGGAAGACAAGGAAACUGGGGAAUCCGAGGGAACACAGGAGACUACGGCAACGUUGGCGAGUCAGGCCCAAAGGGUGAAGAGGGCAUCAAAGGCGAGAAAGGGAUGAGAGGACCCUGGGGCCAAGUGGGAGACAGAGGUCCCAAGGGCCUGACAGGAUUACAAGGGGCCGCAGGCUUCAAGGGUGAAAAAGGGCACGCUGGUGUAGAAGGGCAGCCUGGGCCAAGAGGCAAGCAGGGGAUCCAAGGACCUGUGGGCAGAGCUGGCACCAUUGGAGCGAAGGGCAUUAUUGGAGAUCCAGGUUUACCUGGCAGAGAUGGUGACCCAGGAAUAGAGGCUUAUCAAGGACCACAAGGCCUCAGUGGAAAACUUGGAAAAAUUGGGGCAAAGGGGGAGAAAGGCACCCUGGGGUCAGCAGGAGAAAUGGGUCCCCAAGGACGAACUGGUGACACAGGAAUCCAAGGAAUCAAAGGAGUUACAGGUGCACAGGGAGAAAAAGGAGUUAAGGGCCCAAAAGGAAAGGUUGGAGACAGGGGUGAGCAGGGUCCUCAGGGAGCACGGGGGAAGCGCGGGUCUGCGGGCCCACCUGGACGUUCAGGUCCCACUGGAGUCAAGGGGGUUCGAGGUGAAGGAGGACCAGAUGGCUUUCAGGGGCCCCCGGGUCCACCAGGGCCAACCCUCCCUGCUCAACACGUGAUCGAGGUUUGUAAGAAAGUGGUCCUGGAGCAGAUGUCCACCUUUGCCAACUCAGUGAAGAGGACGUGCGCUGCCGUUUGCCCUCUGUAUGGGGAUGUUCCCAUGGGUGCCCCUGGUCCCCCUGGACAGAAAGGACCACCCGGACCUCCCGGGGACCCCGGUAAUAAUGGCGUUGAUGGAGAAGUGGGUCCACCGGGAUUCUAUGGAGAAGCCGGAGAAACAGGCCAACAAGGAGAAACAGGUGACACGGGAGAACAAGGGGAUAAAGGAGCCAAAGGUCACGGCCUGCCUGGAUACACUGGAGAUCAGGGAUCAAAGGGUCAGCGUGGACGUCUUGGCAGAGCCUUUAACGGUCAGCCUGGGAAGCAGGGCCAGAGGGGACAUGUAGGCCGGCCUGGACUCAGGGGCCACCCGGGUCUAAGAGGACCUCCAGGUGUCUGCGUCACCUCCGGGUGUGCUCAGCUGAACUCAACCGGUGCGACACCUCAGCCGGCACCGCGGAGGUUGAGGAAUCGCCCAUAGAGGAUUAAAAAAAAGAGCUGUGUGGACGGUGAAUUGAAUAUUGAGUUUAAAGGAGUAAAGGAAUUGUUUUUGUUAAUAUGCGUUUGUUCAAAUAUAUUGACAUUUUCAUGUAAAUAUGCAAAUGAAACCUGAACUGAACUUCUUGGAACAAAAGUUACCUAAAAAAAAAACAUCUUGGAGGAGAGUGGUAAAAAAAAUAUAUUUGUAUAAAAAGACCAUCUUCAAUUGAUAGUUUUAUUUAAACUGAUUUCACAGGUCUAAGUUGUCUUUAAACAUCUGUUCUUUAUAAUAAAAAUUCCAAAAAUUGAUUGUUGCUUUUUAAGAGAGCAUGUGGUUACCAGUGCAACAAGGAAGUAAUGUCUGUAGACCAAAAAUGUCAUUUAUAUAAUACUCAAUAUAAUAUAUGAGAUUUGAGUGAAGGGAAAAUUGGAAAAGUAGAAGAGUAAGAAUGUGUCUUUU